CGCGACACCAGUGUUUGCGAGUGGUCAGACGCUCACUAACUAAUAGACUGUUCUUGUCAGCAGAAGUAAAAUACCAUCAUGAAGUUCUCCGUCGCCGCCGUGUCUCUGGUUGUGACGACCUUGACGUCUGGAAUUCUCGCUCAUGAUCCUGACGCUCGUUAUGCGGGAAACAAACGUCACCUUGCCUGGCGGCGUCAGCAUGUCACCAGCUCCUCGACCUCGAGCAGCGCGUCGCGUACGACUGUAUCCAGUUCCCAUGCAACCUCAAGUAUCUCCAGUACGACUUCGAGCGGCUCUACUGCCACUACGAGUAGUCCUACUACGGUUCUGAGCGGUUCAACUACCACUCCUGGGACUGCCGUGACAACUACGACACCUUCCAGCACCUCAACACUCGAUGGGAAUUAUAUCCCGCCACUUUCUCAGAUCACGUCCGGUAUGCCACUUCAAGGGACGGUCAAUAUGUUCACGACGUUCUCUGCUGGAGCAACUCCUCCGGUCGCUGGAGCUCCGCCAUUGCCCUCCAUUACGGUUGUGCCGGCUAACUAUCCCGCCUUGGAUGUGGUUCCUCCCACGGAUUCCGAUCAGGUUAAGGAAUGGUUGAACCUUCUCAAUGGCGUAACCAUUCCCAAUAUUCCGACCACAGGCGAUGGAACUUGCGCUUCUAAUCCUAGUCUCGUUGCCAAUGGUACCUCCUCUGGAAGUUGCUGGUGGACAUGUGGUGGUUGUACGCGCAGUACGGAUGUUUCGGUCUGCCCAAACAAAGGCACUUGGGGCGUCAGCUAUGACGAUGGUCCAAGCCCUUAUACUCCUCACCUUAUCAAUUAUUUGAAUGAGAAAAGCCUGAUAGCCACUUUCUUCGUUGUUGGUUCACGAGUUAUCUCUCGACCUCAGAUGCUUCAAACUGAAUAUAUGCUUGGCCACCAGAUCAGCGUUCACACUUGGAGCCAUCAUCCCCUCACCACCCUAACCAAUGAGCAGAUUGUGGCGGAACUGGGCUGGACGAAGAAGGCGAUUAAGGAUGUCCUUGGUGUUACUCCAAACACGAUGCGUCCUCCAUAUGGAGACAUCGAUGACCGUGUUCGUGCUAUUUGCAAGGCCAUGGACUUGAUUCCUAUCCUAUGGCACGUACAUUUGACAAGCAGUGGUAGCACCGAAUUCGACACCAAUGAUUGGAAGAUUCCUGGAGGGACUGCGACCGGUGAUUCAUCAUACACCGCAUUCCAGCAAAUCCUGUCUCUCGCUGCUUCGCUUUCCACCGGUUUCAUUGUCCUGGAGCACGAUCUGUACCAGCAGACGGUAAUGAUGGCCAUUGGUUACUUCCUUCCACUGGCGUUUAACCAGACGUCUAGUCUGAAACUACAACCCAUCAAUGAAUGCCUUGGAAUUUCUUUGGCAAAUGUCUAUGAAGAGACUAAUAGUAAUGGGACAGGUACCGGAGGCACGGGGACGGCGUCAUCUCACCAUAGUCCCACUCAAGGCGGACAGGGAGGAGCUGCUGACACAGCCGCACCUGUUCCCACCAAAGCCCUAGUGGCCCUGUUCAUAUCUUUCUUGAUGAUGAUGGUUGGUGCGACACUUCUUGGCUGAGCCUGAAGUUGGCAUAGUUGUGGAGACAGAGGAUUGUUUAUUCAUACGCUCCCGAAUCAUUUUUCCUGACUUCCUUUUUCUUUUAUCAUAUUAUCCCUUUUAUUCCUUUCACUCGUUGAUGCAUGGGUACUUCGUCCCACCUCUCACUGCCCUUGUUACCUCAUCAACCUGUCGUAACUCACGCCGUUCCAACUAAAGGACUUGUUCUUUAUUCCGCGGAUUAUGCGCUUGAUGAAUAUUCACAGACUUGAACCAAUCAAACUCCCCAGUGCUUCCUACAACUAAGCUUGUUGGCUAUGUAUACUUAUCGUAACACAGUGACUGGCCCCAUUGCUUGAGAAU